AUGAUUCCCAUUCAAUGUGCCAAUCUUCAUCAUCGCUAUCAAGUGGUAAAACCUCCCAUCUAUCCAAGCCAUUAUGGAUUCUCCGAGGAGGCUGACGAAGAAGAUUCCUCCGAUGAUGAAACACAUCCUGCCAACAAGCCGAACAAUGAUGAUUGUAAGGUUUCUGAAAAGCAUUCAACGUUCAUUAAGCAAGAUUUUAUUCAUGGCAAAAAGUAUGAUUGGGACAAUGAGGACAUAUUUGUGAGACGAUUGGUCUCUCUCAAUUAUGUUUACUUUUCAGUCUACUUGACACACAUGAAGAAGAGAAUUUGCAAUGCAUCCACAUCCAACGAUCUCUCACAACAAGAGAAUGAAAAAAGAAAGAAGAUCCUUCUUGAUGCUCUUCAAUUUGAUAUCAAAACCCACAAAAUAUGCACCUUAUUAAGCAUCUUUGAUCGACAUGGAAUCAUUUUGAGAUAUUUUGGCAGUGAUUUGGAAAACACUCAAAAACUGGUUUGGGAAUCGUCCGAGGUUUUAGAAGAACACAUCGAAGCGAUGACCUCUCCAACAGGAUCAUGA